AUGAAUUCGUUAUCCCCCAUAAACACUUCUGGCGGCAUGUCGGCGGCGUCCUCAAACGGGGGCAGUGUCUCGCCUCGUCAGGCGCCGAGCCCCAAGAACGUCGCAUUUGAGCUGCUAUUCCUUGAAUCGCCUCAAUACCGUGCGCGCUUGCCCAUGAGAGUCCAGAUUUAUCCUCAUGAUACCACGGACUCGAUUGUUACAACCGUCAAGAACUUUUACGGCUUGUACUCGGGUCCUCCCGGAUCAAAAGGCGUCAGCUUCGAGGACGAGCUUGGCAACACCCUGAUUGCGCGAUAUGAAAAUUUCCGCAACAACAUGAUUGUCUACGUCCGGGUCAUCGAAGAGGCGUCCGUCGGCGCCCUAGAAUCACAUCACUACCGCGGCCUUCAUAUGGGCGCUGAUUCUUAUUACGGCGGCGACGGCUACGCCCUCCCUCAGCGCUACGGGCCCGAGAUGGCCCGGUCCUAUUCGCAAUCACCACGGAGGCGAAGUCCUUCGCCGCGGGGACGCAGAAGCGACUCGACCAGCACCAAUGGCAAAAAGGGCCGCUCUCGCUCUACCAAGAGCCGCAUCCUCCAUAACCACACCGAUGCCUACGCCGAGAGCAUGAAUGGUUAUAGCAGCGGCGAUGGCGCCCCGAGCACCGCAUCCGCCCGAGCAAAGGAGCAGCUCGGGACCACCGACAUUAGUGUUGAAAACAUUGUCGAAGGUGGCCGACGGAAGAGGGCCAAGUUUGAAAGCUCUGAACUGCCUCUAUUCGCACCGCCUCAGAUGCCGGCCGCUACUUCGAACCCAUCCGUCUCUCCGGCCAGACGUAUCGAGCAUCACAGACCGUCUCUGUCUUACGUCCAGACUGGCCAAAACCCUUUUAUAAACCCACGACCACUGCACUCUCCGCAGAGCUAUGGUAGCGGGCAUGGGUUGAGCAUGUACUCGACCCCUGUCUCCAGCGACCGUCGCGGCCGGGGCAGCAUCUCGUACGGCAGCCAUAGCAUGACCCAUGGCAUGGGCAUCCUCCCAACUCCCGACCCCACCGUCGGAAGCUGCAUGUCGGAGGAAGACAAGGAUGUCGCCAUUCAGCUCAUGCGGCUGGGCGAGAUGUCCAACAUUUCUCAUGGCCGCACCUCUGCAUCGACUUUGGAGGACGCAUUUAGCGGUCGAGCCGACGGCGCAUCGUCCACUGGCGCAACUAGCGACAGCGACAGCGAUAGCGACGCCGGGCUCCCGCCAUCUCGUCGCCAAAAGUUGGAUCUGUCUGGCGUGUCCAAGCAGAUUUACCAGACCACCGAAUCGCACUUCAUGCCGCCCAUUGACGGCGCCGAGGCUAGCGGUGAUGAUGCCGACUACGAGGAUGGCCUAGACGUCAAGCCGGCCCAGAGCAGGUUGGUCAAGAGCAAGCCCGCUCCCAUCGCCGUGCCCAAGCCAGCCUCUUCCAAGAUCAAGGCGCCCCGCGCUUCCAAUGGCAGCAAGAUCAAGAAGCCACCCAUUGUGCCCAAUGGCCCAAUCUCCCCCGCGGCCUCCACCACACAUUCUAGGAAGCAAUCGGUGGUGUCCAUCGGACAUGCCCCGCAAGCCGGAGAAGAAGAGCAGCCUGAUCUCUCCACCAAGCCGCGCUGCCAGCGGUGCAGGAAGAGCAAAAAGGGCUGCGAUCGACAACGACCUUGUGGUCGCUGCCGCGAUGCCGGCCUCUCGGCAGAUCAGUGCAUCAGCGAAGACGAGGGCAACGGCCGAAAGGGUCGCUAUGGUCGCCACAUGGGAGUGCCGCUAAAGAUGGAGGAAAUUAUUCUCGCAUCGCAUCCAGCCCUGCUGCCCGCGGCACCCAUCGCCGCCAACACCAUGACUGCCGACAAGGCCAAGAAGCGUAAGCGGUAG